CUAGAAGGGGACGUAAUAUUCGUGAUCUGCUGGUACCUAGUCACUUUUCUACUAAACCACAACUGCGUGCCACUUGGUUGGGCACUCCCCCGAUGGGCACAUAUAGCUGUGGCAAAUGUGUAGCCUGUAAGUUUAUCCUCAAAAAUUCUAAGACCGUUAGCGAUAGUCAAGGACUAGGUUCCUUUAAAGUAAAAAGUUUUUUCAACUGUAAUACAAAGGGCCUUGUAUACCUACUUUCGUGUACAUGUGGACAGAAAUAUGUGGGGAAAACUUUUAGGGCUUUUAAGGAUAGGAUCAUGGAACAUGUGAGAUCCCCUAGGAAUCGUCUUGAGACACCUAUCUCGAGACACCUUAAAGAAUCUCACCAUGGGAAUUCUAAUAACCUCAGAUUUUGUGGAUUGGAAUUAGUAAAAAGGACCCCCAGACGGGGAGAUUUUGAUAAAAUACUCAGACAGAGGGAGUCGAGAUGGAUAUACGAACUCAAAACACUUCAACCUCUAGGUUUAAAUGAGGGUUUCUCUUUUGCUCCCUUCAUAUAACCGACAGAGUUGUCCUUUACAUGACACUGAGCAACACAUAUAUAUAUUUAUAUAUAUAUAUAUACAUAUGCAUAUAUUCUUAUAUGUAUACAUCUCUGACUUUCCUUCUUUUUUUCCUUUCUUGUCUUUUUACACUUUCUUCUUAUAAUAUAUAUUUUAUUUAUACCUGUUAUUACCAGCUUUAUUGAAAAUGUUUACCAUUCACCACUCUUUUCUUUGUCUUUAAUCAAUUUAUAUAAUGUAUUUUAUGUCAUCUAUACGGUUUUCUGCUUAUCUUUUUGUUUUAUCUCUGCUCUACUCCGUUUUCCCUCUUUUCUUCUCCCUAUUUGUCCCUUCACCCAUGUCCGGAUUUUGUACUAUCUUUUUAAAUAUGCCAUGAUUAGAAUCCCAUACGUCAUGGGAUUCUAUUUAAUGAUUCUUUAUGAUGUGGUAGCCUAUGCUAUAUACAUACAUAAAAAUAGUGUGGCAUAAUUAACAUCCAAAUUAGAUUUUCGGGUGAAUCCAUCUCUGUAUAUGUGCUGCCCUUUCUGCCCUGACAUGCACACAAAUGUCUUGGAGUGCUCUUCUUCUCUAAGUCCAUGCGCAUGCACGGACAUAAUGACAAGCGCUAUAUCAGAUUGUAAUUUGCGCAGAUGUGUUAGAGUGUAUCCAUCUAAGUUCGUGCGCAUGCGCGGAUGCCGCAGGGGAGCAUGCGCAGUACUACACUUUGGUCCUUGCGGACGUCGGUACGGGACAUGCACAAUGAGAGGAUGCUCAGGUGAUUAGACGAUGCCGGCUUGUGGCGAUUACCAACACCUGAUGGGAGACUCAUGGGAGGUAUUUAAACGAAGGAGGGGCGAGAUUCAAAUUGAUGCAUUUUAUUUUGGCCCUUGAGAAAGGCGGUUAGUCCGCCGAAACGCGCGUCGGGCUUCUCUUUGUUUUGAUGUAACCGUUGAUUUUGAUUUUACUUUACCAAUAUCCGACUCUCUAGUGUGUUACAGCAAUUUUUCUUUUUCUUUUCUUUUCUUUUUCUUUUUUUGUUUUUGGGGGGGACCAGACCUGGUUACCACGCUGGGGCAUCUAAGUCUGUAGUAUGGAGUAAUUAGUGGGUUGAUUUUUCCAUUUUUCCUUGCAUCCUGAUUGAAUACUCAUUCCUACUUUAUAUUUUCUCCUUUUACUACAUGAUCUUCUCUGUCCUUUCGAUUUCCACUAUGUGCCAAUAACUGUGCACUCUCUGGUCCUUUCUUUAUUAGAAACAUUAUUUUUUUAGCACUUACUCUAUAGUAAGAGUUUGCAUAAGUUCUACUCGCUACCUUUUGAAAGCGAUUGAUACAAUAUACCCCUCCAUUUUUUCAUAUGCUGGUAACUUUGUGCUUUCUAAUGUCUGGAAAGGUUUAGUCCAUAUCACUACUAUCACUUCUAGUAUUUAAUUAGGUUUACUUAUAUGAUCACACUCAAUAGUGGUUCACACUGUCAGUAUUACCUUUGGUAACAACUCUGUCUAAGUUUACAAUUGUUACAUCUUCUAGUGACUGACAUACCUUGCAGCUAAUAGAUCAGACUUUUCCGGGAGUCCUCAGGAUAUUUGGCUUUUUAUACUAUUUUUUCAAUAAAAUUUAUUUAUUUUCUAUAGACAUAUGUUUUUUGGGGUGGUUUGAAGGAGAGGGGCACGUCCUGUUACGAGGUGGUCUCUCCUUCAUUUUUCAUUUUUUGUAUAUAUUUUUGCGUUCUACGCAGGGUUAUGCCCUUGUUGCCACCCCUAUAACCCAUUUCUUAUGGUACUCCCUAUUAGGUUUCCUAUUUAGGAAGUACCGCUAUCUAUUAACAUUUAUUAGGUUUCAAUACCAGGGUUAUUCAGAGUGGUUCUACUUCUUCAAAUUUCUAAUAUGGCUGGUUUUCUGUUAAAUAAAAUUGAAAGCAAUAUUUGGUGUAAAGAUGCAGCAAAUGUGUUCUCUAAUACAAAACUAGACUUAAAUACCACUACUCCCAAUAUCAACAAGUCAUUUAAUAAACUUCAUAGUCUAUAUAAGAAACAGAUUCGAACAUCUUGGGAGAUCUCAUCUCUUGAGAACUAUAUGAGUAAGGAAAUGAUACCGAGAGGUCUAAGAGUAAUGAACACACCCUCAUCCUAUUCCGGUAACAUCGAUCUAAUGAAGGAAUGGGAAGCUGCGGCUGGGUCAUGCUCUAAAACAUUCAUGCAGAUUAUCUGCAAAUUUGAACACGAACAACUCAAAACUGUUAAUAUGGACCUAGAUGAAGAGAUUAAUGGGAUCAAACAGUUUCAAGAUGAUCCUAACUUCACCUUUCUUGAAUCUAGGCUGAAACAAAACCUAGAUAAAUUUCAAGAAACAGUGAAAUUUAGGAAACAUGAAAAAUUUCUGAGAGACUCUAAUGACUAUCAGACUGGGAACAUAUAUAAAGCAUUUAAUCGUAGAAUGAGACGCACAUCUGACAAUGGUUUAACUUCAGACUAUGACUCCUCAGACACAGAUUCUGGGAGCCAAAUUUCAAGUACUUCAGUUGAACCACAAUCACAAUCACAAUCCACUUUAUCCACUGUCCCCAAUCCAAGAGGAAUCCUUAAGAAGGGGGUUAAUUUUUUAGACCCAGGUUAUCAGGAGGAAUUCCCGAGACAGCGGACGAGGUAUCAGACUCGCAAUACGAGGGAAGGGGGGAGGAGGAGGAGAUAUUAGUCGAUAGCCAGAUAGCAAGAUGCAAGUCCGAGAUCAUUAAUCUAUCUUCUCGAAUACUAACUGCUGACCAAAAAGUCAUCUUAGGGAAGGGCCUCUCAUUCGUACCCACACCUUCCUUUGAUAAGUUCGGUUGGAUUAAGGAUCUGAACCUUUUUGUUAGGAAGUUGGCAUUACACAAAUUCCAUUCUGUUCAGAAUGAAAGAAAAGCCAGAGAUUUAGGACUUGCCCCACAAGACUAUCAAUGCCUCACCACCCUAUUGACCCUUCUAGACGAAAGUGACUCAAAUACCAUCUCGAACCGUACUGGCCUAAAACCAAAGAGCCGCUAUACUCCUAAUUUUGCGAGCUUUAGACAUAUUGAGCUCUUCUUAGAGGCAGCUAAAAUAGAGAUUGAAAAAAUCAGCUUGAAAUCUCUCCGCAUCCAUUCUAGGGAGAACCUCCUUAGACGGGAACAACGAGCUUUGAAAACCUUACAAGACGAUGCUGACAUCAUCAUCAAACCCGCCGACAAGGGGGGGAAUAUUGUAGUGAUGGAUGUGGACCAAUAUCUAGAUAUGGCCAAACGGGUCCUGAAGGACACUGAGACAUAUACAAUCCUUAAACAUGAUCCUACGGAUGAUUUUCUGUCCAAAUACAAGGAGAUAUUGGAGGAUGGUCGCAGUGGAGGGUUGCUAUCCGGUGACGAGUUUGAAUUUAUCCUCACUCGUCACCCUAAGGUAGCAACCUUCUACUGCCUACCUAAAGUUCAUAAGAACAAGGAGACACCCCCAGGACGUCCGAUUGUCUCUGGGGUUGAUAACCUUACACAAAACGGCAGCCUGUAUAUAGACAGAGUUUUAAGACCUUUUGUGGAACUAUUACCCUCCUAUAUUAGAGAUACCAAACAAGCACUGAAUAAACUUUCGAGUCUAAAAUUCUCCUCCACCGUCCAACUAUGCAGUUUGGACGUUGAAUCACUUUAUUCCUCUAUACCUCACGAUAGAGGAAUUGAACAUGUGGGAUUUUUUCUAGACCAGAGAACCCCCAAAGAUGAUCUACAUACGGCUUUCCUUCUACGCCUUCUUAGGUUUAUUUUGUCACAUAAUUACUUUCUGUUCAACAAUUGUAUAUACCACCAGAUUAGGGGAACCGCUAUGGGGACGGCUUGUGCCCCCUCAUAUGCGAAUCUCCAUCUUGGUUGGUGGGAACAUCAGAUCCGUAAUUCAGAUAUGCUAAGAGAAUACCUACCCAAAAUCCUAUGGUGGGGUCGCUAUAUCGACGACAUUUUGAUUGUCUGGCAGGGUACCCCUCAGGAGUUUUUGGCUAUGGUAGGAUUACUUAACUGUAACGACGAAAAUCUUCGUUUUACAUCUGAAUUCGGAGGACGUUCCAUCAAUUUUUUGGAUGUGACCAUUAGUAUUACUGAAGAUGGUACUUUCCAUUCUACAUUAUACAGAAAAUCUACGGCAACUAACUCUCUACUACACUGGACUAGUCACCAUCCCCGAUCCCUCAAGGAGGGUAUACCGGUGGGUCAAUAUCUCCGACUUCGGAGGAACUGUAGUGACAUCCAGGACUUUACUCUAAAAGUGAAACAACUUCGACAACACUUUAAGGAGAAGGGUUAUCCGAAUCGCUGUCUGAAAAAAGCCUAUAAGAGGGCACUACAGACUGAGAGGAGUGAUCUACUAUGUGACUUUUCAAAAAAGAUCACCAAUAAGGACGCAGGAAAUAUCCGUAUGAUUGCAACAUUCGACAUGGGGUGGCCAGAAGUACGAAAGUCACUGGAGAGAUUCUGGCCUAUCCUACUGAAUGACAUACAUCUUAAGGGGGCUCUUAGCCCACAUGUGGACAUUACAGCUAGAAGGGGACGUAAUAUUCGUGAUCUGCUGGUACCUAGUCACUUUUCUACUAAACCACAACUGCGUGCCACUUGGUUGGGCACUCCCCCGAUGGGCACAUAUAGCUGUGGCAAAUGUGUAGCCUGUAAGUUUAUCCUCAAAAAUUCUAAGACCGUUAGCGAUAGUCAAGGACUAGGUUCCUUUAAA